AUGGAAGGCUACCCAGCGGGAGUAGAUCGAAAGGUGAAAAGUUUGUGGAUCUCUGAUUGGGUACUCGGCCAAAUCAAACUUUCGCCGCUGCACUGUUCAUCAUCGUCUUCCAUUGCCGACCACCAUCGGUUUGCCCCUCUGUCGUCGCACCCAGAUCUCCGCUCGUCAUCGCUGUUUCGGGUGUCGUCGAUCUGUCUCCGCCUGCAUCUGGGCGCCGUCGAUCUGUCCCCGCUGGGCUGCUCGCCAUCUAUCUCCGCAUGGCCGCCAUCUUCCUCUACUUUACGGAGCUUAGAGCUCCGACAGGCGAUAAUAAAGGAGAGUGGGAUUCAUGGGUGGAGAUUAAUAUCUCAAUUGGAUUUUUGUUUGGUUUGGGAAUGUUACAGAUUUGUGUAG